AUACUCUUCAAUUCAUUACAUCAAACAACCACAACCAUUCUUCACUUCAGUUCUUUAUCUUUUGCAACUAUAUCACUUCCAAUGACAAAAACCGAUUCCUCCCAACAACACUCUAACUCAAAUGAUCAAUUGGAUAUAUGGAGUUCAAUUUUGAACCAAAAGAACAAAGAUGAAGCUUCACAAUCAAAACCCAGUCCAUAUAUUCACCCACUUGUGAAAAAAUCAAAAAGUUAUUUAAGUGAAAAGAGUCUUGAAAUUUGCACAGAGAGCCUUGGAUCAGAAACUGGCUCAGAUGGUUUCUCGUCUUCUUACACACCAUCAUCAUCAUCAUCCGAGGAUACUAACUCAGAGGAUGAUGGAAAAAUGAAAACAUGUUAUAGUGAUGAUAAUCCAAAACUCAUCAACAAUCAUUCUUUGAAGAAUAAGAAAAAGCCUUGGUGUAUUCCUCCUCCACUCCCUUCACUGGGUAGUCAAAGUCAACAACUUCAAAUGAGGUCCCACCGUGACCAUGGAAGAUUGUUUUUGUUCCUACAAGUUGUGUCGGUUCCUUCACAAAACAACUUCAUCGCUACGAGACAAAAUGGUCGCCUUAUUCUUACGUUUGCUAUUCAUGAAGAAGAAGAAAUUAUUGAAGAAGAAGAGAGUGUUAUAGAGCAACCAAAUGCUUGUAGUUUUGAAUUAGCGGGGAAUAAGAAAGUUAAGAGUCCAAAAUGGUCAGAAAAGUUCAACUUAGUGACAAAUUUUAAGGAUGUUAAACUGGUACAACAUGAUUCGUUGCCACGGUCAUUGUCUUUGAUCAAUACAUAUCAAUACUAUUCGCGAAUCAAAACUACGGAAAAUGUUGAUUCUCUAAUUCUCAAUGAUGAAGAAAAUAGAAAUACCAACGAGGUUGUUGUUUCUGGGAAGAUGAAUAUUUAUCAUGUUUUUUCACAAGAGGUGUUGGUUCAGAAUAUGAAGUUUUGCAAGGAUUCUAGAACUACAACGUCUUUUCUUUUCUGGGACCCCUGUUGCAUUGCUACCUGAAUCUUUUGUUUUCUCUCCUUUAAGUUCCACUAAUUUUAGUUAUAUAUAGUUUUGCAAGGAUUAUCGUAUUUAUAUUAUG